AUUUCAACGAGCUGUUAAAGAACUACUCACUACCACACAUAACUUGCUAAAUAGCAGCUCCAGGCGUUUUGUGCACAGGUUAAGACGACAACUAAUAAUUGAUGGAAGCGGAAACCUCUCGACAAGAAAGACUGCUAUACUCGAACAAGCCGGCGACGUUGGUCUUCAAUCUUGACCAUGGGGAAAGGAACCGAUAAGCUCUACAUCACCCACUCCGAAUGGGCAUCUGAAGACUCGUAUUCCGCCAGCGUCGGCGCUGGCGCAGCGAAAUCCAGAAAUGCAGCCGCUUACGCCUCGUUCAAACGACUCCCGUUCAAUUUCUGUUCGCUCUCCCUCCAACCGUUCUCCCACCCCGUGUGUACACCGACAGGUAUAAUAUUCGACUUGACACAUAUCCUUCCUUGGUUGAAGAAGCAUGGCACAAAUCCGGUGAAUGGGGAGCCGCUGAAAAGUUCAGAAUUGAUUAAACUGAACUUCGCGAAGAAUGAGGCAGGCGAGUACGUUGAUCCUGUGACGUUCAAAGUAUUCACAGAUAAUACGCAUAUCAUCGCGCUGGGAAAUACAGGAAAUGUAUUCGCGUGGGAUACCGUGGAGAAACUCAACAUUAAGGGGAAGAUGUGGCGAGAUCUGGUCUCCGACCAGGAAUUUACAAGAAAGGAUAUUAUCACGCUGCAGGAUCCGCAAAAUGUUGAGUCAAGAAAUCUGAGUUCGUUCAAAUAUUUGAAAGAUGGUGAAAGCGUUCAACAAGGGGAGAGUGGAAGUGUGAAUUUAGGUGCGAUGGGAAGUUCAGCCAAGAUAUUAAAAGCAAAAGAAGCAGUUGCAAGGGCCAGAGCAGAACGGGAACAGCAGAAGAACGGUUCUGCAGGUGCAUCUAAGCUAAAAGAAAGAGACGCGGCCCUAGCAAAAGUCUCCACCGCAAAGGUGUCCGCAGUACCUGGAAAGCAGAUUCCAUUCAACGCUGCAAGGCAUACGACUGGCCUAGCGGCGGCGUCAUUCACCAGCACCGGAUUAACUCCCCAUACCUCCGCAGACCUAGCUCUUCUCACAGAUGAGCAAUAUAUGCUCAAGCGCGGCAGGGUGAAAAUAAAGGGAUACGCUCGUAUUUCAACAAAUCUAGGAGACUUGAACUUAGAACUCCACACUGAGCACUCUCCAAAGGCAGUAUGGAACUUUAUACAGUUGGCAAAGAAGGGAUAUUACAAAGAUGUUAUAUUCCAUCGCAACAUCAAAGGCUUUAUGAUCCAAGGGGGCGAUCCAACCGGCACCGGAAGAGGAGGGGAAAGUAUAUGGGGAAAGUACUUUGCCGACGAAACUAUUGGACCAUUGAAACAUGACUCAAGGGGGACGUUGAGCAUGGCGAACAAAGGAAAGGAUACAAAUAGUAGCCAAUUCUUUAUCGCCUACCGCGCGCUUCCACAUCUCAACAAUAAGCACACCAUCUUUGGACACGUAAUAGAUGACCCUUCGCCUUCUUCUCCAACCCUUGAUGCCAUGGAAUCCGCGCCAGUGGACUCGUCCACAUCCAACAGGCCUACCCCGCCAAUUCACAUUCUAGACGUGAAAGUCUUUGUUGACCCAUUUGAAGAAUUCCUCUCCCACAAGAAACAAGAAGAGUCAGAAAAAUCUAAACUUGAGGCUGGGAAAUCAUCAUCAGCUGCCGGUAAGGGUGAUGAUGACGAUGAUGAGCGCGUGACCUGGACGGGGAAGAGAAUUCGUGGUAGCGAUGACAAAGACACUACAAGUAAUAUUGGAGUCGGAAAGUAUUUGAAGCAAGCUAUGACAAAUCGACCGGCAGUUGAAGACGAAAUUGUCGAGUUUGUAGACGACAAUGAGUUCGAAUCGGAGCAUGCGAGGAAGAAAAUGAAGUCUACAGGCAGAGGGGGAUUUGGGAACUUUGAUUCUUGGUGAGCUCAAUUUAGGCGCGGAUACUAUUGGGUCAUCGUAUAACUCUUAUGCAUGGGGUGGAGUUUCAGGAGUUCUCAGUCAUCUGUUGUACAGUAUGUUAAGGGUAGGAAAAUCGGAUUCUCAUGGAAAGAUUGGAGAAGGGUCUGGGGUGUACGUGAUAGGGUUUUGUGGGGGUCAACGUUCGAUCACAGCGG